UUGUUAAUCCAUGUAGCCACAACCGUGAAUUAACUGGAUUCUCGCCAGCCAGGACAUAUUAAAAACAAACCCGACUAGCAGCGAGGCGGAGGGCGGAGUCAGGUGACGGGCGCUGAUGGAUGUCAUGUGACCUACUCGGUGAGGGGGCGGGGCUGCCGUUAGGAGGAAGCAACGGCUGUAGGAGAGGCUUGGUGCAUGAGAGGCAGGUGAUGAGUGUACUGUGGGAGGAGAGGAGCCCGGUGUCAGGAGCUACACAACCCGGUCAUCCGCUGGAAUAACAGCCACGCUUGCCCACAUCAGGGCGGGGGAGCCCAGGGAUGACAGACCUGCAGCAAGCUAUGGAAUGAGAGGAAGAGGCUUUUAAUUCUGCUGUGCUUCGUAUUGAUAUUGUCAUUAUUAUUGUUCUUCCUAUUAUGGGGGCCAAGGAGUCACGGAUCGGAUUUCUGACGUAUGACGAAGCCGUAAAGAGGGUUACCGAUGUGGAGCUCAAACGACUCAAAGAUGCCUUCAAGAGAACAUGUGGUGGGCCUUCAUAUUACAUGAAUCAGCAGUGUUUCAUCAGAGAAGUACUAGGUGAUGGAGUCCCUCCAAAAGUUGCAGAGGUCAUCUACUGCUCAUUUGGUGGAACAUCUAAAGGUCUGCAUUUUAACAAUUUAAUAGUGGGACUUGUUCUUUUAACAAGAGGUCGAGAUGAAGAGAAGGCUAAAUAUAUUUUUAGCCUCUUUUCAAAUGAGUCCGGCAGCUGUGUUGUACGAGAGGAGAUGGAGAGCAUGCUUAGCGUGGUGGACGGGGAAGUUCCACUUUCUCUUAAAAAAUGUUUUGCUGAGGGUGAGAAGGUGAAUUAUGAGAAAUUUCGAAAUUGGCUACUCCAAAAUAAAGAUGCUUUCACGUUUUCUCGUUGGUUGCUUUCUGGAGGAGUCUUCGUUACACUAACUGAUGACAGCGAUACACCCACGUUCUAUCAAACUCUGGCCGGUGUCACACACUUGGAGGAAUCUGACAUCAUUGAUCUUGAGAAACGGUACUGGCUCUUGAAGGCACAGUCUCGGACAGGACGAUUUGAUUUGGAAACAUUUGUCCCUUUGAUUUCACCCCCUAUCCAUCAGUCUUUGAGUGAAGGGUUAUUUAAUGCCUUUGACGAAAACCGUGACAAUCAUAUAGACUUCAAAGAAAUUUCGUGUGGGCUGUCUGCAUGUUGUAGGGGACCUUUGGCUGAGAGACAGAAAUUUUGUUUCAAGGUAUUUGACAUAGAUCGGGAUGGUGUUUUGUCACGGAUUGAGUUGGAAGACAUGGUUCUUGCACUUCUGGAGGUCUGGAAGGACAACCGCACCGAUGCCAUACCAGAAUUGCAGAUGAAUCUUUGCGAUAUCGUAGAUAAUAUUUUGAAAUCCCAUGAUACAACAAAGGCCGGACAGCUUACGCUGGAGGACUACCAGAUAUGGAGCGUCAAAAGUGCUCUUGCCAAUGAGUUCUUGAACCUGCUUUUUCAGGUGUGCCACAUCGUCUUGGGUUUACGACCUGCGACGCCAGAGGAAGAAGGACAGAUCAUCAGAGGAUGGCUGGAAAGGGAAAGUCGACAUGGCCUUCAGCUCGGUCACAACUGGUUCCUCAUCUCCAUGCAGUGGUGGCAGCAGUGGAAAGACUAUGUCAAAUAUGAAUCAUCUAAACCCGUUGUCAUUGAGCCUUGCCCAUUGUUAAACGGUAGUCGAAACUCUCUGGGAGCAUCUUCAUUGGAUCAAAGGGAAGAUGACAGGACAGGAGGUGGCAUGCAUACUACUAUAGAAGACAGAUCUUCAGAUAACAUAUCUUCUGCAUCGGAAGCUUCAGAGUCAACUACCAGCAACUUUCUUUAUUCAACCGCGACAGGUGCAGACCUGUGCUUUGCACGUCAGCAUAACUCUUCAGAUAACAAUAACCAGUGUAUGCUCGGUGCCAAUGGGAGCUCGUUUCUGCUUAAUCCUCAGAAACCUGGAGCUAUUGACAAUCAGCCGCUAGUUAUACAAGAAACUGUAAAGGUUCCUUCCUUGACAUUGGAAGGGGGGCGUCUAAAACAAAGUCCCGCUCUCGUCCGUGGCAAAGAUUAUGAAAUAGCACCAGAGCCAGUAUGGAGAGCCCUUUACCACUGGUAUGGGGCUAAUCUGUCUUUACCUCGACCCGUAAUUAAAAACAGCAAAACAGAUCUUCCAGAAUUGGAGCUUUUCCCGCGCUAUUUGCUUUUCUUGCGGCAGCAGCCCGUGACUCGCCAACAGCAGUCUAACAUCUGGGUGAAUAUGGGUAUGAUGAGCCUCAGAAUGUUUCCUCAGCAUUUACCCAGAGGAAAUGUUCCCUCCCCAAAUGCCCCGCUGAAACGGGUGCUGGCUUAUACCGGUUGCUUCGGCCGCAUGCAGACAAUAAAGGAAAUCCAUGAGUAUCUUUCCCAGAGGUUGCGUAUAAAGGAAGAAGAUAUGCGGUUGUGGUUGUACAAUAGUGAGAAUUAUCUCACGCUUCUUGACGAUGAAGACCAUAAAUUAGAAUAUCUUAAAAUUCAAGAUGAUCAGCACUUGGUAAUAGAAGUCCGUAACAAAGAUAUGAGCUGGCCAGAAGAGAUGUCAUUUAUUGCAAACAGCAGUAAAAUAGAUAGGCAUAAAGGUAAGUUUUUAGUUCCCACUGAAAAAGGUGCCACUGGACUCAGUAAUUUGGGGAACACUUGCUUCAUGAACUCAAGUAUCCAGUGUGUCAGUAACACUCAACCACUUACAAAGUAUUUCAUCUCAGGAAGGCAUCUGUAUGAACUGAACAGAACAAAUCCUAUAGGAAUGAAAGGGCACAUGGCAAAGUGCUAUGGUGAUUUGGUCCAAGAGCUUUGGAGUGGAACUCAGAAGAAUGUGGCACCCCUUAAAUUAAGGUGGACAAUAGCAAAAUAUGCUCCCAGGUUUAAUGGCUUCCAGCAGCAGGAUUCUCAAGAGUUGCUGGCAUUUCUUCUUGAUGGUCUUCAUGAAGACUUGAACAGAGUUCACGAGAAACCAUAUGUUGAGCUCAAAGACAGUGAUGGUCGACCAGACUGGGAAGUUGCAGCUGAGGCAUGGGAUAACCAUUUGAGAAGAAACAAGUCGAUUGUUGUGGAUUUGUUUCAUGGACAACUAAGAUCCCAAGUGAAAUGUAAAACUUGUGGCCAUGUAAGCGUUCGGUUUGAUCCUUUCAACUUCCUGUCCCUGCCUCUCCCCAUGGACAGCUACAUGCAUUUAGAAAUCACAGUGAUUAAAUUAGAUGGUACAACACCUGUACGAUACGGGCUGAGGCUAAACAUGGAUGAAAAAUACACAGGACUAAAGAAACAGCUAAGUGACCUCUGCGGUUUGAAACCUGAACAGAUCCUUCUGGCUGAAGUGCAUGGAUCUAACAUAAAGAACUUUCCCCAAGAUAACCAAAAAGUACGGCUAUCCGUAAGCGGCUUUCUCUGUGCGUUUGAGAUACCCAUUCCUGGAUCACCCACAUCAGCAACAAGCCCCACGCAGACAGAUUCCAACACAGUGCCAUCAUCAAAUGGACCACACAGUGUCAUCUCAAAUGGAGGACUGAGUCGACCAACAAUAAUCCCCAAUGGGAUGCCAAAUACUGUAGUGCCAUGUGGAACAGAGAAGAGUCCAGGGAAUGGAAUGCUUAAUGGUCAUGCUUCUGUUCAUCCAGAUGGUCCAUUUAUAGGCUAUAUCAUUGCAAUCCAUAGAAAAAUGAUGAGGACGGAGCUGUAUUUCUUGUCCUCCCAAAAGAAUCGACCAAGCCUUUUUGGGAUGCCUUUGAUUGUACCUUGCACUGUCCACACCAGAAAAAAAGACUUGUAUGACGCUGUAUGGAUUCAGGUAUCCAGAUUGGCAAGUCCUCUUCCUCCACAAGAGGCCAGUAACCAUGCACAAGACUGUGAUGACAGUAUGGGAUACCAAUAUCCCUUCACCUUGAGAGUGGUCCAGAAAGACGGUAAUUCUUGUGCCUCUUGCCCAUGGUACAGAUUCUGCAGGGGAUGCAAAAUUGAUUGCACAGUAGACCGUGCGUAUAUCGGUAAUGCAUACAUUGCUGUGGAUUGGGAUCCCACAGCCCUGCAUCUCCGUUACCAGACGUCACAAGAAAGGAUUGUAGAGGAACAUGAAAGUGUCGAACAAAGCCGUCGAGCACAAGCAGAGCCUAUUAACCUUGAUAGUUGUCUGCGGGCCUUCACUAGUGAGGAGGAACUGGGAGAAGAUGAAAUGUAUUACUGUUCCAAGUGUAAAACUCAUUGUUUAGCCACCAAAAAGCUUGAUCUUUGGAGAUUACCGCCAAUUCUGAUUAUCCACUUGAAACGAUUUCAGUUUGUAAAUGGUCGCUGGAUAAAGUCUCAAAAAAUAGUCAAGUUUCCCAGGGAAAAAUUUGAUCCAAGUGCGUUUUUGGUGCCUCGAGGGCCACUUCAAAAUAUGAAGAAGCAAAUAAAGUUCUACUCUGAAGACCAGGGUGAGCCACGGGCGACCCAGGUCGAGCUGAAGAAAGCAGAGCCUACAAACGUCUGCUCUUCUGGAGAUGGCGAUUCAGUCAGCAAAUCUCAACCAAUCCUCAGUUCUUCCACUGGAAAUAUUAAUAAAGCAUCUCCGUUACAAGGAAGAAAAGCAAUGACAAACUGUUCAAGUAAGAAUAACAGUCCAAACCACAGUCCCAGAACAUUAGGAAGAGGUAAAGGACGGCUACGGCUGCCUCAGCUUGGGGGGAAAAAACUUUCGAGCAGCAAAGAAAAUCUAGAUCAAAGCAAAGAUAAUGGAGCUGAAGAAGCUAGAGACAGUUCUGAUCAGGUGGACUCAAACAAAGGACACCUUUUGGGUGGAAGUCAAUCAGAAUUACUCAACAUUCAGGAUUCUGAUGUGGUCUUAACCAAUGGACUGAAUUUUGAGAAGAACACAUGUAGUAAUGGGCAGCUAGAAAACCAUACUGGUGAAGAUGAGGACAGUGUUGAUGACCAAAGAGAUGACAUCUGCUGUCGCCCUAUUUACAAUCUUUAUGCAAUUUCGUGCCAUUCGGGAAUUCUGGGUGGAGGUCAUUAUGUCACUUAUGCCAAAAAUCCUAAUAACAAAUGGUACUGCUACAAUGACAGCAGUUGUAAGGAGCUGCACCCUGAUGAAAUCGACACAGAUUCUGCCUACAUCCUUUUUUAUGAGCAGCAAGGAGUGGACUAUGCACAAUUUCUGCCAAAGAUAGAUGGGAAGAAAAUGGCAGAUACUACCAGUAUGGAUGAAGACUUUGAAUCGGACUAUAAGAAAUAUUGUGUACUGCAGUAAAAUGUUUGUGCUUCCAGUGCAGUGAGAAUGCAUGGCAAAGGUGGAAAAGCUGGAUUGAAACCGAAACGCGUCGGAAAGAAGAGACAACGAAAUGUUGAAACCGAUAGUAAUUGAUCUAGCUAUAUUUGUGGAGAGGUCCCCCAUGCAUGUAGACUUCUUCACUAACAUGACGAAAGAUCAAGAUAUUUAAAUAAUCUUUUAAUAUAUAUUUUAAUUUAUUUUAAAUACGUUUUUCGUAGUUUUUCCCUCCCAAGCAAUCAGCGGUUGUUUACAUCAGAAAUACAACACUAGAUUCUUCAUAACGCUCUAACAAAGAGCUGUAAUCGAAGAAAUCCAACAGUAAACAGCAUUUGGGGCUGAAUUAUAUUUAUUAUAAUUUAUAUUACCAGGAAAGAUCAUUAGCGUUCUCCAAAACCAUAUCUUGCAAAGGCAGUGAAGCUUGUAUAUGCAAUAUUAUUUCUUAUUAAAAUAUUAAAGCCCAACCUAAUAUUUCCUACCGCAAAAUCAUAGUGUUUUAUUAAAGAUAUCAUAGUUGAUGUUCAAGCCCCUCUCCUUUACAUACGACGACGUACUACCCUUUUCUAGUAGGCUGGGACGUCAGUGGCAUAGACAAAGCACUUUAAUAACAUGGGUUUAUUUGUUGGUUGCUUGCAUCUUCAACCCAUUCAUUAAAAAAACAAAAA